AUGGUGCAGCAAGCAGCGCCAGCAGCAAAAGCAGCAGCUGCUGCUGCUGCAGCAGAAGGCCCGCAGCAGGACGAAAACCUGCACUGCUGCACUGAAGGCGUCAAAGCAGCAGCAGCAGCAGCAGCAGCAGCAGCAGGAAGCAACGAAAUUGUUCCCAGAGAUGUUCCUCUAGACCGGGGCCUUUCAAAUACCGACUGGGCCAAC